UUGGCGUGAGGUGAGAGUUCCCUGCGUCACGUGACAGGCAAGACGGGGGUGUGUGUAUCCCCGUCGUGGGUCCCGGCGGAAGAGUGAAGGGAGUCGUCUGAACGGCAACAUCUUACAGCAAAGGGAAAAUAAGACGGCGCGUUUAGCGCUGGAGAACCGGAGACACGCCAGUCACCACGGAUUCAUCCGUAGCCAGCGCGGCGGCAGGGGCGCAGCCACCUUCGCUGCCGCCGCCGCCGCCGCCUCCAUUAAGGAUGUCGCGCAGAAAGAGAAAUGCAGGAAGCAGUUCAGAUGGAACAGAAGACUCAGAUUUCUCUACAGACCCAGAGCAUACAGACAGUUCAGAAAGCGAUGGUACAUUACGCCAGUCUGCCCGCGUGACACGUUCUUCUGCUAGGCUCAGCCAGAGUUCUCAAGAUUCCAGUCCAGUUCGCAAUCCACCAUCAUUUGCAGUAGAAGAGCCUGUUUAUUCUACUCGAAGAAUAACCCGCAGUCAGCAGCAACCUACUCCUGUAACUCCAAAGAAAUAUCCUCUGCGACAAACACGUUCAUCUGGUUCCGAAACAGAGCAAGUGGUUGAUUUUUCUGACAGAGACACAAAAAAUGCAGCUGACCAUGAUGAGUCCCCACCCCGCACUCCAACUGGGAAUGCUCCUUCUUCAGAGUCUGAUAUUGAUAUCUCUAGUCCCAAUAUGUCACAUGAUGAAAGUAUUGCCAAGGAUAUGUCCAUGAAAGAUUCAGGGAGUGAUUUAUCCCAUCGUCCCAAAAGACGACGUUUCCACGAAAGCUAUAAUUUUAAUAUGAAAUGUCCCACCCCUGGCUGCAAUUCAUUAGGACAUCUGACAGGAAAACAUGAGCGACAUUUCUCUAUAUCUGGAUGCCCUCUGUAUCAUAAUCUUUCAGCGGAUGAAUGCAAGGUGAGAGCUCAAAGUCGAGACAAACAAGUGGAAGACCGGAUGCUUUCUCAUCGACAGGAUGACAACAAUAGACAUGCUACCAGGCAUCAGGCACCAACUGAAAGACAAUUGAGAUAUAAGGAGAAAGUUGCAGAGAUGAGAAAGAAGAGGAAUGCAAGCUUAACUAAGGAGCAAAAGGAAAAAUACAUGGAGCAUAGACAAAUCUAUGGCAACACGAGAGAGCCCCUUUUAGAGAAUCUGACCAGUGAGUAUGACCUAGAACUAUUCCGACGAGCGCAAGCAAGAGCUUCUGAAGAUCUUGAAAAGUUGCGACUUCAGGGCCAAAUCACUGAAGGUAGUAACAUGAUCAAAACCAUUGCUUUUGGCCGCUAUGAACUGGACACGUGGUACCAUUCUCCCUAUCCAGAGGAGUAUGCCCGGCUUGGGCGACUCUAUAUGUGUGAAUUCUGCCUCAAAUAUAUGAAGAGUCAGACAAUACUUCGCAGACAUAUGGCAAAAUGUGUCUGGAAGCAUCCUCCAGGGGAUGAAAUUUACCGCAAAGGUUCAAUCUCAGUAUUUGAAGUAGAUGGGAAAAAGAACAAGAUAUAUUGCCAAAACUUGUGCCUCCUGGCAAAGCUCUUCUUGGACCAUAAGACUUUGUAUUAUGAUGUCGAACCAUUUCUUUUCUAUGUCAUGACAGAAGCUGAUAACACAGGAUGCCACCUAAUAGGCUAUUUUUCCAAGGAAAAGAACUCAUUUCUCAACUAUAACGUUUCUUGCAUCCUGACAAUGCCUCAGUACAUGAGGCAGGGUUAUGGCAAAAUGCUUAUUGAUUUCAGCUAUUUACUCUCCAAAGUGGAAGAGAAAGUUGGCUCUCCAGAAAGGCCCCUCUCAGACUUAGGACUUAUCAGCUACCGUAGUUACUGGAAGGAGGUUCUUCUCCGUUAUCUGCAUAAUUUCCAAGGCAAAGAAAUCUCCAUCAAAGAGAUCAGCCAAGAGACAGCUGUCAAUCCUGUUGACAUUGUUAGCACUCUGCAAGCCCUUCAGAUGCUCAAGUACUGGAAAGGCAAACACCUGGUCCUAAAAAGACAAGAUCUUAUUGAUGAAUGGAUAGCCAAAGAGGCCAAAAGGUGCAACAGCAAUAAAAUCAUGGAUCCUAGCUGUUUGAAAUGGACCCCACCCAAAGGCACUUAAUUAGCCAGUCUCUCCAAGAAGUGUGAACAUCCCAUUCAUGUGCUGUCAUCAUCACCACUGUGGGUACUUUUUCUUUUCCCAGCACUAGAAACAUCCUUCCAGAUCUUGGACAUGUGAUUGCUCUUGGUACCAGCUCUUCCCUUUCAGAUAUUUCUGCAGUGUUUUACUUUUUAUAGAACAUUUUUGAACAGACACCUUGUCUAUGAGGCAAGAUUGAAAAGAUGAGAGUUCUGGACAAUAUUAACAUGACCUCAAGAAAGUGCAGUAGGAUUUAGUUGCUCCUCCAUCAGUUACUUGUUCCUAGCACAAAAACUAGGGUUGCUUCUCACAUUUUUAGUUUUAUAACUUCUUAGCCCUCUGAGAUGUAGUCCACCUAUGCAAUAUAGUGGAAUUGCAAAUGUGAUGGAAAGGAUCAUAUUGCUUCGUUUUGCCAAUUGGGGCAGAGAAAAAUCAAUUUUAAAUUUCUUUGUUAAAAACAAAGUAAAGCUAGUGGGGCUAGGGACAGACAUUCUCAUUAGUCCAUUUCUAUACUAGCUUUUAUCCACAUGUUUUUAAUAGGUAAGAGAGCACUAAAAAAAAAACCCAGCAAUCCUGUGCCUGUGUUCUGAAAUGCUCCAAUCUAUUCUAUUCGCCCUACAUUUCCUUGCCAUUCUGCUGCAUGUGUAUAUACAGUCUAGAUGUAUGUCCGUGAGACUAUUUCCUCACCACAUGUUGACAAGGUACAAGUAAGAAAUGAUCCAGUGCUUCCUGGAAUCCUGAAUUGCUUCUGGAUGUGCAAAUCUCUCACAUUUAUUUGCAGAACCUAAAACUUUCUUGUUCUUGGCACCUGUGUAUUCCAACAUUGUCAUCAAAAUAUUUUUCCCACUUCAGUCCACCAAGAGAGUUGAUGGGCAAGGAAGCUCCAAACUGACUUUGGUUUCUGAGAAUAGUAAUGGUUUUAUAAUUUUGGAUACAGGGUAUCAGAAGCAAUGAGUCAGCCCUCUGUGAAUUGGAUUUUGUAGCUGGGAUAGUCAGAUCCCCGAUGGGGAGAUAUCAGACAGGAAAGAUGUCACAUUACCUGAUCUUGAUUGCAUGCCGAAUGGAAAUACAAGAUGCCAUCACUUACUCUGUAAUUUUGGACAAGUGACCCUCAUGGCAGUUUUUGAAUAGACUCUGACUGCCAAUAUAUUUCAAGAGUCAAUUAAAUUAACUUUGUAGGGAAAAAUUGCAAGAUCAACAUUUGAGUCUUGGCAUAGCUUCACCUCUAAUUUGACAUGGCUCAUCAUUUUGGAGUAGUUACUUCAAGGGUCCUAUGCUUGAAGCCUAAGGAAUAUACAUAGAAACACAUUUCAUCAGCUAGUGGAGGAACACUGCUCUUUUUGCCAAAUUAUUCCUUUGCAGUAUAUAGCUAUAUACAUUCGGCAGUUUUGUGAUUUAUUAUUCAAUUUGUGAAGCUGCUGGAUAUGCUAAUGCCAGGCCUCAGGGCAAUUCGCUGCAGCUGACUGAAUGUAGUCUUCAUGAUGGCUUGUAUUUUUUGGGCCUACAUUGUCAAUUUGCAGAUUUUCCCUGCCAAUGAGACUGCCUUGGUCUGAUAAUUUUCUUAUCCUUUUUUCAAGCAUUCUGUAAGGAGAUUGAUAGCUUCAGCUAUAUUGCUCCAUAAAUGAAUGUUGAGAGUUAGCUCAGAAGUCACUGAGGGUAGGUGGAUAGUUAUGGGUAUUUUUAAAAUAUUUUUUUAUUAUUUUACAAAUGGAAAAUAAAGUCUAUUAUACAAGGUUAUCCAAAGACAAAUUUUAAUCUCAUUUUAAGGUUUGAUACCUGGAGGUUUAUCAUAAUAUGACUCCAUUUUAUUAUGACAUUAAAAUUAUCAGUUUUAAUUGAAAUUGUGACAAAUUAAAAAUAAAACUUCAAAACAACUAUAAUAGAUCUCCAGCAUCAGUUCCAUAUUAAGCUUUUGACCAUUGUAAGUCAGGUGCUACAAGUAUUUUAAUUUGCCCAUUUCUAAAACCCCGAUCUUCCUAUAUUACAAAAGGAAAAAGAGGAAAAAACUGGCUAGUCUGCUACACUAUUAUCUGCCAGUUUCAGUUAUGCAUAGGUGGCAAUGUAUACAUAAAGAAUUGGCCUACCAAUAGUCUUUAUAAGCUUUCUUUCCUUUUUGCCUGUAUUAUUGGUGUGAAGUUAUGUCUCAGCUGCUGGCUGUGUUUCUGCUAUUUCUGUGCUGUAUUGGGUUGCUCUACUGGCUGAUCUUUUGGCCACAGAUGUGCAUGAUAUUAUGCAGUAAUAUCCCAGUAUUUGAGAUGAGAAACUUUUUCCAAAUGAGACAUAGAGUAACCCGGCCCUGGGAAUACACUUACAUGCAACAGAUCAAAGUAGCCGUAGUGGAGAUUAACGGAUGAUGGUGCUCAGCCAGCUUGAAGUAUGGUCUUUUACAUCCUGGGUUUUAUCUUGAGAAUGCUUCCUGUUCUGAGGCAGUGGUUUGUUUUUCUUCCUGGCAUGGUGGACUAUGCAAAGAAACAGCAUGUUUUAUUUGUUUGGGGACUGUAGAAAAAUGGGCUCGUGUGUUCUGCACUCUAAUUGCAGUUUCCACAAAAGUAGGAGUGUGGCUUUUAAUGGUAAGGUUAGGUGACACAUAUGAAAAAAUCCUGAAGAUACAGUUAUCCAUACAGCUAUGCCUUUCACUCCUGCCUAGCAUGCAAUUUUCAAUAGUAGACACCUGCAUGACAUACAAUCUGUUUUCAACUGAAUAUUUAUUUAAGAAUUGUCCUUUCGUCUCCCAUCUUGAGAAAAAAAUAAAUAGACUUGUUCAAUCUCCACCAAGGAUUUUUAGAUAAGAAUUCCUACUUGUUGGUUCUUGUGUUUGGUUCUGACUUUUUAUUGCCAUCCUCAGUCUGCAGGAUUUCUUUUUCUGAACAUUGUCUGGCAAUUGUUCUCAGCUUCUAGAUUAUUGCAAAAAAUGGGGUGUAAUGCUCUUUUUUGUGACAGAGGCUGGGUGUUCUUGUACAGAAGCAAAACUGUUUUCCUGGAUAUUUUAGAAUAUGCUAUCAGUGUAUCAACUUCUCAAUAAAGCAUGUUCUCUGCUCUCAU